AAACUAAACUACAGAAUGGGAGGGAGGUCAUGAGCCACUGUGACACUUCCCGGAAAACAGACACUCGUGUCAGCUUGGACUGAGACGGCUGGGUUACUAAUAAAAAACACACUUUAGAUCAAGUUGUUUCAGAUCAGUUUGCCUGCGCGAGGACAGCCUUCUGAAGUGACCGCGCGGAUUCUCCAGACAGACACGCGCGCGGUGACGCCUACUUAUUCCUCCACUUUUAGAAAACAUGGCCACGGACGAGCUGUCCAACAAACUGAACCGCCGGCUGCAGAUUGAGGACGGAACCGAAGAGCCCGUCGCCUUGGACAAAUCCGAACACCAGAAUGGGUCAGAAGAAGACAAGUCCACCACGGCCAACGCGGACUCGGAGCUGUUCGCCAAACUGACGCGGCGUGGGGAGCUGAACGAGGGCCACGGAGAACACUGUCAGCCCAGCAUGAAGGCGUUCAACCCCUACACCGAGUUCAAGGAGUUCUCCCGAAAACAGAUCAAAGACAUGGAGAAGAUGUUCAAGAUGUAUGACGCUGGGAAAGACAACUACAUCGAUUUGAUGGAACUGAAGCUCAUGAUGGAGAAACUUCAAGCUCCACAAACACACCUUGGUUUGAAGAACAUGAUCAAGGAGGUCGACGAAGAUCUUGACGACAAGCUUAGCUUCAGAGAGUUCCUACUGAUUUUCAGAAAGGCAGCAGCAGGAGAGCUGCCAGAGGACAGCGGCCUCGGUGUCCUUGCUCGUCUCUCUGAAAUUGACGUCUCUACAGAGGGAGUCAAAGGAGCUAAAAAUUUCUUUGAAGCCAAGGUUCAGGCCAUCAACGAGUCCAAUAAGUUUGAGGCAGAGAUCCGUCAGGAGCAGGAGGCCAAAAAGAAGCAGGCCGAGGAACAGAAGCAGAGGCAAGCAGCAUUCAGGGAGCUACAGAAGGCCUUCAAAUGACCACCUCUGUCUGCUCUCAGGACCACAGGCUUCAAUAAUGCUGUCUGUGUGUGUGUGGGUGUGUUAAUAUGCUCCAUGUAUGGAUGACUGUGAGAGUCUAAGUCAAACCUAGAUCCUAGAUUUUACACAAGCUCAUUAUUAAUCUAAAAAAAAUUUAACUCAUAAAAAGCCAGUAUGAUUUAUGCCUAUAGACAAACAGAUAAAUCAUUCCUUUUCAGUCUAUUGAAACAAUCUUUCCAUUGUGCUGUACCUCGAGAAAGCCUUUCCACACCAAGUCUGUAUUCUUACUCCAACAUUGUUGCACAUUAAAAAAAACCACCUGAUGAUGUGUUAGUCAUGGUUAAACACUGACUCUAGUCUCACUUAGAGACACAUCUAUGCCCUUAGCUCAUUCCACUAUUAUGAAAUAUGAGGAAAAACCUCCCUGGGCUGUUUGGGAGAGGACAAAGAUAAAACACAGAGGGUGAGGGGUGAAUGUGGAGGUUAAGGGUCCUUUUUUUUUUUUUUUUUUUUUGCAUUUUUACCUUGCACAGAAUGUAAACCUGAAAAUCUGUGUAAAACCUUGAUAUAUUGCUAAAAAGUCUUGAGAGAAAUGAAUGAUCAAAUCAAAUAAGUCCAGUGGAAACAAAAAUAAAAGGCAUAUUAGAUAGGAAAAAACAACGGAAGACGCCAUAUAGGAUGAGCAGCGUGAACAUGUAAUACAAGGGAGAAUGGAACCCAGAUAUAUGAUAAAGCAGAGGUUCAGCUCCACAGUUAACAGCUCAGGUAAUAGUAUGUAUUAAAUACUAACUAGCAGCCUUUAAAUACUGAUGAGAGAACAAACUUAAUUUGCCUUUUUUCUUUUUUUUUUUUUUUUUUGGGGGGGGAGGGGCUGAUUUUCUGAAAAUUCUGUUAAAAUUUGCAAAGCAUUUGUAUGUUAGUGACAGCAGGUAAUAACGUCUGGUGUAGUCUUGCUUAUCCACGUAUCUGCUUAGUUUUAGUUCACCUUAGUCCGUCUGGAUCAGAGAGAAGCUAUAGAGAUGGAAUGGGACAAUGAAAACAAUGCUUACGUAAUGUGUUGUCUCAUGCAAGUCUUUAGGGGUAGCUGAAUAAGUAACAUGUUGAACUCACAACUACUACAGACAACACAAACACAAAAAAUAUAAAUGAGUUAUGUUAAAGGCUUUACAUAAUGCAUGUUGGUGAAUUGUGUGCAUGCAGCAGAAUAGUAGAUGAUUGUGAAGAGCCUUAAGAAA